AUGUCGACCAAGCCACGAAGCGAUUCUUCCACCUCUACUUCGUCCACUUCCUCCACGGACCCCUACGCUAACUCCUCGGUUUUCCGAGCCUCUCCGUACUACAAAGCGGACCAGCUCGACGACCUAUCCCACGGGUCCACCGCCAAAGCACGUCGAUGGUCCGGUGCCAAGAAGAAUCCGGGCGAGGGUCGGUCCCACUUUGAAGCGAGGAUCACCGAUAGCGACCAGAUCAAACCGACCAAGGAGGAGAAACAGGUCUUGGUCAAGAAGAACAAGGAUCUGCCUACAAGGGUCAAGAAGAACCAUUCGCCCGAACAGGCUAGGAAGGUGCUCGAGGCUACUGAGCGCGAGUGA